AUGGGAGUUUGCGGAGGAAAGAACAGCAAGAGACCCUAAAGGGAAACUUAUAUAUGCACUUAAAAAACGUGUGAUGUAGCUAGAAGAUAUUCAGAAGAAGUGGUUAAUUUCUCAGCUUAAAAAUUAAAUAAUACAGGAGCUAUAUUCACAGAUUCAAACAUAACAAAUGAAGUUAAUCUUGCUUAAACUAAUACUAUUUUGAUCUCCAAAAAGAAAAACUACAAUGGCGAUCCACUGAAGUACCAUCUGGAUUGCCUUAAAAGUGCCUAAGAUAGAAACUCUUACGAUAUAAAAAUAGGAGUGCCUAUUAGAUAAAAAAACUAGUUUAGUAUUGAAAUUGAAGGCUCAUGUUAAAAAUUAUAAUAUAAAUGA